AUGCACACCAAGGCACACAGGCACCCACGUCCGGAGCACGAGCCAGGCACGCUCAGGCUGUGUGGAUUGGCAUCAGGAGCACUCGAUCCCGGCCCGGUGUUCGCCUCUUACCAGCUCAAGAAGUACGCCGAGGCCACCCUCGGGAGUGGCAACCUCCGCCUGGCCGUGGUUCUGCCCGACAAUGAGGAUCUCAACGAGUGGCUCGCCGUGAACACGGUCGAUUUCUUCAACCAGAUCAACAUGCUCUACGGCACGAUCACCGAGUUUUGCACCGCCGAGAACCCCGAGUGCCGGGUCAUGUCGGCCGGCGAGCGGUACAUCUACUACUGGUCCGACGGGUCCAAGAAGAAGCCCGUGGCCCUCAACGCCCCGGAGUACAUCGAUCAGCUGAUGACCUGGAUCCAGCAGCAGCUCGACGACGAGACCAUCUUCCCCUCGCGCAUUGGCGUCCCCUUCCCGAAGAACUUCCAGACGGUCGUGCGCAACAUGUUCAAGCGCCUCUUCCGCGUCUAUGCCCACAUCUACUACUCGCACUUCCCGAAGAUCGUCAGCCUCGGAGAAGAGGCCCAUCUGAACACCUCGUUCAAGCACUUCAUCUACUUCGUUCAGGAGUUCAAGCUCAUCGAGGAGCGCGAGCUGGCCCCCCUGGCCUCGCUGAUCGAGUCGCUGGUGGGCGAGCGCGGUGCCUCGGCCGCCUCCGCCGACGCCAAGCCCUCCUCCUAA